AGAGAGAGAGAGAGAGAGAGAGAGAGAGAGAGAGCGUGCGCGAGAGCAAGUUCUUCACAUAGCACGGAGCACGGAGACGAUCCGGUACUCGGUAUUUACGGAACCCACUGACCGGAGCGCUGUGUUGUUAACCAGAGGGACAUGCGGCAUCUCCAGCCACCAGUGGUUUAACAGGAACGAGGCUCCCGUUGCCCUGAUCGGACUCUUAUUUCAGAAGCACAAAGCCUUUCCUCUCCCAGCCAGCGAAAAAGAGAGGCGCUCCCCAAAGAGCGGCUAGCCAACGCAGACAGACUGACCUACAUCCUGCUCAGCGCCUGAAGCUGUUGGUUACAGCUCGACUCCACUCUGCUCAAGGGAGAACAGCAAACAGAAGAACUGAAGGAUCUGAGCUCACACAAAGAGUCUGGACUCAGUAACCCAGAACCGUCUCACUGUGUAAAUGACGGCAGUAUAUGCUGACCUACUCCUGAUCUUUUUGGCUUAUUGAGACACUUGUGUUACUUACGAUCCUGGAAUAACAAAGCUGACUUUAAAGGCUUCACGGACAGUUUUUUUUACCCAAUGUGGGUAGCCUGCAAGGUAGCAAAUACUCUCAAUGAGACAUUGGCCAAUCCUGGUCAUAGAAACUGUAUUUUGAACCAGGUUAUCGCCACACUCCCCUUGCCCCAAACCAUCUGACCUAAUUUUUUUUACUCAGUCGGUCUGGCAAGAUUUAAAACUGGCUGCAACAGGACAAGAAUGGAAAGUCUGAGUUCAUCUCUGACACAGUUAAACAAAAAUUCAGAGAACGAAUCCAGCUGUCCAGAGGCCGAUCUAGAAGAGUCUCUCACAUCAGACCCAGGAGCUCCAGGUCGCCUCGGACGACCCGCCAAACCAAAGGCCAGAAUGAGCUGCCGGCGCAAGCGCGAGUUCAUCUCCGACGAGAAGAAGGACGCCUCCUACUGGGAGAAACGGCGCAAGAACAAUGAGGCGGCCAAGCGGUCCCGUGAGAAGCGCCGGCUGAACGACAUGGUGCUGGAGAACCGCGUCAUGGCGCUGAACGAUGAGAACGUCCGGCUGAAGACGGAGCUCCUGCAGCUCAAGUUGCGCUUCGGCCUCAUCAGUACCGCCGCCUACAUGGAGCAGAGCCAGCAGCUCAGUGCAGCCAACGCAUCAGGCCUCGGAGGCUCCUCCUCCUCUUCCCACUACUACUCCAGCGGCUACUCCAGUGGCUCCCAGGUCAUGAUCAACUCGGACUCCUCGGAGACGGAGCAUUCGGUGCGUGGUGAAGGCCUGCUGGUGAAGUACUCCCCGCGGGGUUCGCUCUCCGACAUGUCCGACAGCUCCUCCAGGGACAGCCCGGAGCCCCUGGGCUUUGAGAUCAAGCAGGAGGGAGAGACGUCGGAGAUGGACAUCACAAACGACACCACCACACAGAUCAUGUUCAGCAUCCACCGCGGGCUGGACGCCAGGCCUGCGCACCACCAGAGCCAGCAUCAUUCUCAGGAGCAGGAGACUGGAGCCUAUCAUGGGCCAACUCCCCACGACCAGCAACACCACCAGCAACAGCCUCUGGAGAAGGCCGGUACCACCCUGAUGUCCCCAAGCCAGACUCACUCUCAUGCCCCCCCUGCCCAGAGGAGUGUCAUCCUCUACCGCUCCAGUAGCACCCCUUAUCCUGUGGAGAGCAUGGCGAGGAACCAGGACUUGGAGCCUUGCGAAUCCCAGCAACAGGUCAGCAUCUCAGGGCCCGGCUGCAUUAGCAAGUUGCAGCAGUCCAGAGAGACCACCACAGAGACUCUGGCUGAGGUCACCCAGCAGAUGAAGAGGAAGACGCUAGACUCCCCUUCGUAUGAGUACCCAGACAGCUGCAGUGAGGCCGAGGAGACGCAGGCGUUCAGCGCCGCACAUCUCUCACCCCAGCAGCACCAGCAACACCUUGAGGGGGAGAGUGUCUCUCAGGCCGACUUUUACCCCCACAUCCCCCAGACGCACCACUCAUACCUGGGCAACCGAGAUGAGGAGCCCCCAAUGCUGACCUAUGAAGGUGGGAGCCGGAGCGAGGUCUUCUACCAGCCACACUCAAGAGGCUCCAACAAGGACACCUCUUCCAGUGACGGAGACCCCCGAAGCUCUGACAAAGACGCAUCCACAGACGAGGACGAGCCUCCGUCCUCAUCUUGCUCCGACGCGGGCUGCUACCCAAACCAGCAUCUGGUCAGGUUCCACCAGCCGGCCGCCCCCACGCCCCCGUGCAGCUCUCAGGUCCAGUCUAAGGAUUCUCAGGGGGAGGUGAAGGGAACUGCCUUACCACACAAACUCAGACUGAAGCACAGGUCUAUGAGCACAAGCGGAAGCAACUCUGUUCAGGAGUCACCGGCCACCCCUCUCUCUGCCAUGCUGCCUUCUCUGCCCCAGCACCCCUACCUGGCCCUGGCUACCCAACAGAACCACGUGAGGGACAGCUAUAGCGUGGUGGGCAUUAGCACCCAGGUUACAUCAGGGAAGGGGUACAGGACGGACGACGCAGAACAGCUAGACUGAGUGACAUUGGCGGCUUAAGCUGCUUCUGGUUAUCUCAUGUUAAACCAGUUAGGCCCUCCAUUCCGGUAGCACAUCCCUCCCAUGAAACCCCUCCUCGGGACAAGAAGCUGGACUUCUCCCACACUAUCAUCACACAGGACUGGACAUUUUGAGACCCCUGUGAUAUUAAUUUGUAUAUAAUGUAAAGAUAUGUCAUUUCUUACACCCUCUUCAUUCAGAAGCACUUUUGUUAAUGCACAGAGAGGGGGAAUGGAACAGCCUUUUGUACUUCAAUUCCACACGAUUAUUCACCAUCGUGAAUAAUCUUGUUUUUAGCAAAGAAUGUAGUAACAGAAAACAAAACUCUUGUCUUUUCUCAAGCUUUAUCAGUACUGUUAAUUUGGUACGAAUUUGACUGUAGCAAAAAAACAUACAAAUGUGUGGCUAUCUGCCUUAAUUUUAUGAAAUGCAAACAAAAAACGGGACCAUUCCCUAGACCAAAGAAGCAAAGGCAUCUACAAAACUUCAGAUACCAAGUUCCAUACCUCUUCCUUGGACCCUACCUCUGACCUCCCCGACCCCAGACCAUGUCUAUUAUUUUACAAUCUCCACUACUUUUUCAAGCACUUGUUUUGUACAUGAUUGUGAUAUAUCAGUUUACGUAUCUUAUAUAAAUAUAUAUUUUGCAAAGAAAUCUUUGGGGGAAAAAAAUUGAAAUACCUAAAAAAGUUGAAGAGGAUCUUGAAAGUGGAGUGUCCCAGGAUGAAUCUGAUUAAUGUACAGCCAUUCUGUGUCCCAGACCCCCACUGACCCAAUGAAAACACAUCUCCCUCCAUUACACAGCUUGAGCGUUUGAAUGCCCUGUUAAGAGAGAUGGGCUUGAGUUUGAUUCUGAGUUUGAGCGCCAAAAGCACUGAAUGGGAAGCGUAUUGCUUCUUGAGACGGGGCCUUCUUAAAAUGGUCACCAGCUGUGGGCUGUGCGCUGAGAUUCAUUUAAAGCUUGAUCAACAAUGUCGUGUUCUUCCCGUCUACUGACCCUCUGUAAUUAUUUCCCUGUUUUGUGCCCAUUUCUGCAUUAAAGCCCACAGGAUGAUAGCCCAUGGAUUUGUACGGACUCUAUGGGAUACAUACCACAUGGGUUUAGAAUGAAUCAUCUAAGAAAGGGACGGCCUGUUGAGCUCUGAUAGGGUAACCCUGAGACCCAUCGAUCUGUUCUGCAGUUCUGCAGCACGGCACCCCUCUGAUAUCAAGAACCUCCUCCCAUCAUCUGAUACUUCCUGCUAUCAGAUCAUGGGAUCAGUGAGGAUAAUAUAGGAACACAAUCUAUAGUCGCUGUGACACCUCCACGGUGUCUGGUGGUCUACAAGCCACCAGCCAGCACAGCCACCAUACUGAGCUUCUCUAAGGAAACGGUGAUCUGUUACCUUACGUGCCUGUGCUGUUCCUCUGAUGCCCCGACCCUGAUCCUAGAUAAAGCUCUGAUACUGGACGGUCCAGGGCCUGUCGGGACCUGGGACGCUACGUCCCCUGCUGGGCUUCUCAAGCACUUGUGUAUAAAUGUAAAAUGACCCCUGCCGUCGGGCAACACUGUACUGUUUUCUCCAUUUCUUCAUGUGCUGUUACCGUAACGUCCCACUAUUGAACACGAGGACCCCCCCCCCCCCCCACACACACACCCACUGCUUGUUUUCUCACUGUGUAUAAAAUAUGUAGUGUUUUUGGUUUUGCAGAUGGUUUUAUGGAAACAACAAAGAACGGAAAAAAAAAGGAGACGGGAGAAUUGUGUGGUUCUUAGGGAUGGAAGGUGAUUGGUCUGUUUGUUUGAGGCCACACCUACAUCUGACAUGACUAUGUAUGUUUACUGACACUGAUUUUCAUUUUGGAUGAUGGCGCAUUACGAGGUUGAAAGUCAAAUAAAGACAAUGAUGGCCUUCUCAACAUAUUGUGAACAUAUUUAGUUUUGGUGUGCUUUUUUCUCAAGCUACAGCUUCCUCAUCGCUACGGUUGUAAGGUUGGUUUCCAGGGAACCAAUGAAUACAAAGACUACACACAAGGAACUACCAAUGAAAAACGACCAAAUCUCAGAUAAGAUAUCAACCAUAAUCAGAGCCUCAUAAAAAAUGUAGCCAUGUUACCUAACUGCAAUCACUAACGAGCUACUGAACACUCAUUGAUGUAGUAAUUAACCUUUGUCCCACACUGUCGGAAAUGCAGAAAUGAUGAUGCAGUCAAUCAGAGCUAGUAGUUAAACCUACACAAAGGACAUGCUAUCAAAAACAAGCCUGAUUCCGUAUUGUAAGUGAUGCCAUCAGCGUAUUAGAGGAGGCUGAAGAACUCAGGAACCAUGCACAAUAUGACACCCUAAGUCCCACAAUAUGACACCCUUGUGUAUUAAACACAAGAUCUGUAAGAGAUGGACAUCUACCAGCACCAGGUGGAACCCGAGUGUACAGGA